AUGACUGGUCCUCUGCUGGAAUCGCAACACGAGGAUACGUCGCUGGUGACUGGUAACGUUGCUUCCACGUUGAAGACAUUAGAUGGAAGCACGGGACCCAGCGGCGCCAAUGCUUCAAACGGAAAACGACGCUAUUUCGUUAUCAAGCAGGCAGAAGAAGUGAAAAUGGGUGUGUCUAUUCAUGAAACGCCAGCACCCAGCAAAGGCAUUCAGCUUUCAUCCCAUCACUUGGAGCUUCUAAAAUCGGAUCUGUUUUUGAAGAACAGCCUUUCUAUAUGUUUCUGCCAAAUUAACAAUUUUUUCAUUGUGCGCAACUAUACGACAUCAAGGUGGAGAGCGAGACGGACUACGGUCAUAUCGAUAUCUGGGACAAACCAUGCGACGAGCGAUCAGAUUAUGUCAAUGACAGUGAUCUCGGACAUUUAG